AUGACUGAGUAUUACUUUUUUGGUAUCACAAAUGGAUUCAUUCGUACUGCAAUACCUUUUCAACCCUUCAAGGACAGUAGUAUGCAUCUUCGAGUAAACUUUUUCUCGCAAGCAGAAUCAGCCCUUAUUUGGAUUUGUUCGGGAACAGAUAAUAGUCGAUCAGAAUUGCAAGAUAAAAACCGAAUCAGCCAAUUGAUCAAGCAGUAUCAGAAUUGUACUCGAGUAUAUGGAAACUUAGAAAUUACUCAUAUCAGACAUGAACAUCUGAAUGGAUCUGAUUCUGAGCAACUUUUUACUUUUUUAGAUCACAUACAACAGAUCACAGGUUACUUAUUGAUUUACGGAAAUGAUUUUGAUCGGAUUACCUUACGAAAUUUGGAAAUAAUUUGGGGAGAUACAAAGCAUGAUAACAAAGCUGCAAUACAUAUAAGUAACAACAAUAAUCUCAAAUAUGUCAACAUGCCAAAAUUACGAAGUGUUGAACGUGGUGAUGUGGUGCUUAUGUAUAAUCCAUAUCUCUGUAAUUGGAAUACUACUGUAUCCUAUAGUGAAAUUCUCGGUGAAAGCAGUAAUUCACGAGUGAGAUUCAUUGGUAACUUCGAAAAAUGCAGCUUGAAUGAAUCAAAGUGUGCACAAAAAUGUGGCGAUCACUGUUGGGGACCAGAAAAAGAUAUGUGUCAAAUAGUCUAUCGAGGAAUAUGUCCCAAAACUUGCUCAUCACAAAUGUGCUAUCGGUCUGCUGAUAACGAAACUCACUGCUGUGAUGAUGCUUGUGCUGCUGGUUGUUUUGGUGAAGGCAAAAGUUCCUGCAUUGCCUGUGCCAAGCUAGAGCAAGACUCGAAAUGUGUAGACAAAUGUAAUGGUUUGACCGACUAUGAUAGAACGUUAAAAAUGACUGUAAACCAUUCAAAUCCACGAUAUACUUAUGACCGGUAUUGUGUAGAGCGAUGUCCAGAUGAAACGCUCAUUCAAGGAGAGCACUGCGUAGUGCAUUGUACAGAAGGUUAUUGGCAUGAUCCUGAUAAAAACAAUCGUAUUUGCGAAAAAUGUAUCAAUGGGAUAUGCCCAAAAACAUGUUAUCUAAAUGAACCAAUUGAUUCGAGUAAUAUUGGAAGCUUAGAAAAUUGCACUCUCAUUGAAGGUUUUAUUUUGAUUCUUCGGCAUCCAUUCGAGGAUCAUCGAAAAUUUUUCUCUGAUGGGAGUGCUCCAAUCAACAUACCAGCACUAACAACACAAAUGCUUCAAGCCUUAAGUAAAGUAAAAAUUGUUACCGAAUAUGUAGAAGUUCAAGCAGCUGAAUUCUCGCCACGGUCGUUAAGUUUCUUAGCAAGUUUGACAACUAUUGAAGGACGAAAACUUUCUGAUCAUUAUGCAUUAUCAGUGACUAGCAACUUAAAUUUACGAGAACUUGGUUUACGUUCUUUACGUAAGAUAAGCAAUGGACGUGUUUACAUUGGAAGCAAUCCUGUACUUUGUUACGUAGAUACUAUGGAACAAUACUGGAAGGAAAUUAUACAAAUGAAUACAACGAGUGGUCCACUGGCAAAAAUUACUGGAAAUCGUGAUCGUUCCUUAUGUGAAAUGUUAAAACAAGUUUGUGAUAAAGCUUGUAAUGAAACAUAUGGUUGCUGGGGAAUGGGACCAGAAAUGUGCGUGAAAUGCGCUGGUUAUGAUAUGGGUGACAAAUGUUCCACUUCUUGUCCAUCUGAAGGGUAUUAUGUGGAGGGAAACAAAUGCCAAAAAUGUCAUCCUCAGUGUAAAACUUGCAAUGGGUCAGGUCCACUGAACUGCUUGGAAUGUGUAAAUGUUCGGAUCCAACAAGGUGAAGGAUGGGAAUGUUUGGCCGAAUGUCCGAAGACUCAUUACACUGAAGGAAAUGUUUGCUGGCCCUGUAGUGCUGCUUGUUAUGAUUUUGGAUGCACAGGUCCUAAUGAAUUUCUCGGUUUGGGUGGAUGCAAUAAAUGCCGUUAUGCUAGACGUUCUUAUGAUAGCGGUGAUCAGACGUUACUUUGCUUAUACGCUUUGGGUAAAGCCAAAGACGUUUGCCGAGAUAAUAAUUUGACUCGAUACUUUGCUGCUGCCACGUUUAAUGAAGCAUUUGUGGCUGAAUUUGAAUGUCAUCAGUGUAGCGAUGAAUGCCUGAACUGUUCUGGUUAUGGUACCUCUGUGUACCGCCAUAAAUGUCAAUGUGCACAUUAUCUAACUAAAACAGUAUCUGGCAAUGAGUACUGUACAAUGAAAUGCGAAGAAGAUUCAUUUAUGAUUCGACCUAAAUCAGCUGAUGAUAUUGGUGAAUGUGAACGAUGCAAUGAGCUAUGUGAUAUGUCAGCAGGAUGCACUGGGAGUUCUUCUAAAAACUGCUCUCGAUGCGCGAAAGCUGGAGUUCUAUUUGGAGAUCAGCUGGUCUGUUAUGAGCAGUGUCCACCCGAAAGUCCAUUUAUAUCAAGUGAUAAGAUAUGUUAUACUUCUGAUCCAGCAAUUUACGCUGCCAAAAGGAAAAUGUUUAUUACCGUAAUUAUUAUAUUAUGUGGAAUUGUUUUCAUUUCCACUUUGGCGAGCAUCACAGUAAAUUGUAUUAAGUACAAGAAAAGAUAUAAAAAAGAAUUAGAGAUGAAUUUACCAACAAUUCCUGAAUGUGAGCCUAUGGACCCUACAGCUAAGCCUAAUAUGACUCGACUUUGCAUUAUUACUAUGGAAAAUCUCGAAAAAACACAACAAUCCCUUGGACAAGGCGCUUUUGGAACUGUUUAUUUGGGUUACUGGUGGCCAAAAGGUCGAGAAGAAGGUGAAAGGUUAGCAGUUGCAAUCAAGGUAGUUCACGAUGGCAGUGGCACAGCACAACAAGAGAUGCUUCAGGAAGCAGGCAUAAUGGCUUCCAUGCGACACGAACAUUUGCUGCGACUUGUUGGUGUAUGUCUUAGUGAAGGCAUGCAUAUUGUGACCCCGAUGAGACCCCUGGGAAGUCUCAAGAAUUAUCUCAAAAAACAUGGCCAGAAACUUGGAUCUAGAGACCUUCUACUAUACUGUUAUCAGAUUUCAUCGGUACAAACUUUUGAUUUUGCAUUGUUAUCACUUUAUCAGUUUUAUAACAUAGAUGACAACAGAGCGAUGGAAUAUCUUUACAAAAACCGCUUGGUGCAUCGAGAUUUAGCCGCUCGAAAUGUAUUGGUAAAACGAACUAAUCACGUUGAAGUUACUGAUUUUGGGCUUGCAAAAUUGCUAGAAAAAGGCAAAAGUGAAGUAAUUGUUUGCGGAAAGGUAGCUGUAAAAUGGUUAGCACUGGAAAGUUUAGAAAAGCAAAUUUAUACUCAUUACACGGAUGUUUGGGCAUUUGGGGUUACUUGCUGGGAAAUUCUAACAUUUGGCCAAACACCCUAUCAAAGUAUACCACCCGAUCGUGUUAAACAACAUUUGAUUAAUGGAAAUCGUUUAGAACAACCAAAUAAUUGUGCUCAAGAACUGUACCAAACACUUUUACAAUGUUGGUUGCAAAAUCCAGAAUCAAGACCAAGCUUUGUAAUCCUCAAGGAGGAGUUCAAUCAGUACUGUAAAGCACCUCAUCUCUAUGUUUUGGAUCGCUAUCAUAAGCAACAGCUUCAAUCAGUAUCACAUGGCGAUCAUCAUGAAUUAAUUAAUGAACUGAUGGAUGAAAAUGAUCUGCCUGAUCAGAUUAAAACUUCUGAAAAUACUCAAGCGACGACAUCUACUUUAUUACCUCCAUCUCCAACGACACCUUCUUGGGUAACAUUCCAGCAGAGUGCUGCUAGUAUUCAAGAAGAUCAGCAAGUAAGAGGCUUUGAUUCUGCACGUUAUCAAAGUGAUCCUGUGUGUGAGGGACGUACACAGCUAGGAAUGGAUGAAGGCAAUUAUUUAGUACCAAAUAAUAGACAAUCUAUUUUAUACACUCCUAUUAUUGUACGUGAAAAUGGCGAGACAGAACUGAUGAAAAUCUCGGGGUAUUAUAACGAAAAAAUUGCUGGCGAUUAUUAUAAUCAAUUAAAAACACUUCCAGAAGAAUCAGAUGAGUCUCCCUCUCAAGAAAGUAGGAUAAAACCCUCAAAAUUUAACACAUAUCAAAACGAUUAUUAUUUUGCAGAAAAUGAAACUGCUUUAUGA